UCACUGUGUCUAACUCGCCAUAUUGUUUUGGUUCGCAGUGGUUUCCGUGUUGUUGCUGGUUCUGAUCCGCGCUGGUCCCGGCUCCCUUUUCACUCUGUGCCCGGGCUCCCUUCACUGGUCCCCGUCUUUACUCCCCGAGGCUGCCCGCCAUGCUGAAGCGGAGCUCCGGGUGUGCUGUUGUCGUUGCGCUGCUGGUCGCCGCCGCUGCAGCGCUGAGCGCCACACCAGCCCCUAAAGCACCAUGCAAGACCUUUACAACCUGUGACAGCUGCCUCUCAAAUGUGUCGUGUCUGUGGUGCCAGACCAACCUCUCCUGUACGGAGUACCCGGUGGCUCACCUGCUCCCCCCGGCCUCCAUCUGUCCGCUGUCUGAGGCCCGCUGGGGCGUGUGCUGGGUGAAUUUCGAGGCGUUGAUCAUUGCCAUGGCGGUGGUGGGUGGAGUCCUGCUGUUGGGAAUCACAGUGUGCUGCUGCUGCUGCUGCUGUCGCUGUCGGCGAUCAUCACGGCCGGACCGCGUUGAGGAGGAGUACGCCAGGAGGAGAGAGGAGAUCAAACAGCGCUCAGACGAUCGGAAGGCGGAGAGGAGAGCGAGGCAUGAUGAAAUUCGGAAGAAGUAUGGCCUCAUUCCCGACUCGGAUCAUCCCUACAGCCGCUUCGAAAACGAGUGAGGCAAGAGCCGCCCGGAGAACCCAAACAAAUGGAGGAGUUCUUCGCAUACGUCUCAUCCCCAUCAGCACGACUGCAAUCAUCUUCAGCUCCUUCGUUAAUUCUGUAUCAGUCUGAUUUACUUCACACCUCCUCAGUUCUUCUCAGCACUGCCUCACAACUCCAGCUUGUGUUACAGGAAUGAUGGGAAAUGCCUCCUGGUUUGAUUUUUUUUUUUUUUUUUUUCUCUCUCUCUCUCUCUCUGAGUUCUGAGUCAUGGUUAAUGUUGCCUUUUGUGCUCUGACACUUUAUUCACCUCUGAUUGUGAAAUUUACUCGUUUUCAAUCUGUUGUUUUAAUCACUCGGACAGUUGAGUUGCUGUAAGCUGUGCCCCUUAUUAAACGUUUCCUAAUAAAGUGAAGUUCAACUUUUA